AGCUUUGUCCUGCAUUGCUGGACUUCUCAUCAUGGUUCCUCUCCACCCCCAACCCCAGUUUGUGGACUUCACCUCCCAGAAUUUCUCAGCCACCAUGGCUAACUGCAGAAUACUGGAGUUGAAGUCCACACAUGUUAAAGUUGCCAAGGUUGAGAAAUAACUGGUCUAGGCAAAUGUAGCCUAACAGAGCUUAAAUCGCACUAUCAAACUUCAUUGAUUCAUCCUGGACAAUUAGAAUAAUUUUUUUGCUGCUUUGCAGAAGAAACCUAACUAAUAUGCCAUUGCAGUUUUAAAUUCUCAUUUGCAAUCUAAGCUACUUGGGUGGAUUACGCAGAUCCAAAUGAAGGAGAUUUGCCCACCCAAAUAUUACCAUACACUCUCAAGGGUUCUUUUCACGGGUUCUUUCAAGUUCCUUCACACUCAAGGAUGGUGAGAUUGGAAGCAAAAAUCAGGCAAGAAGGCCAAAUAUCCUGCAUUGGCUGGCUUGGGCUGGGGAUAGGGUGGUGGGAGCAAAACAAUGUGCUUUUCUUACUCUAACUGCUAAUGGAUUAGCUUUGUUCCCACUGAAGCUCCAUCUUGCAUCCUUUUGCUCUUGAGCUCUUCAAAAGGCAGCCAAAUGUGGGUUUAAGAGGUGACAAUUUUCUGCAAGAAGAAGCAUCACCUGCUCACUGAGUGGGGGGCUACAGAAGAGAUCAAAAGAAACUAGGAAUCUUACAUCUUCCUGGGGUGCAGGCCCCUGAGACAACAUUGCCUAGGCAAAAUUGGGGUGGCCCAUAUCCCCCAGAGUGGCAGAAUGAAGAGUGAGCCGGAAGAGGGAGGGCACUGAAGUUGGCAUCAGAUGCUCUCCAUCUCAGUGCCAAUUAACCUCUGCAUUUUUGACACAAUGCUAACCUUUCUCCUUUCCUUCCCGUGACUCUCAGCAUUCAGAAUUUAAGCUGGUAUCAAAGCUCCUGGACUAACGGCUCCCUACCAGAGAACAGGUUUGCCUUAACCAUUUUCACACACCGCAAGGCAUGCGAGCAAGUGAGGUGAUAGGCUGGUGCGUCAUCUACUUUUGGCUUCUGCAGCUGAUUUGCACAACCGGGGAGGGGGACCCCAUCUUUCCAGGUCUUGCUUCAGGAAUGAAAGUGAAUGAAUCCCAGACAGGUGAAGAAUGACCUUUCAGCCAUCCUGAUAUCCUUUUUCUACCUGCUGGAAAGGGAGGCCAGGACAAUUUGAUGAAGUGGGUAGAGAGAACUGGCAACAGGCACCAAAAUCAGAGAUCCGACUUCUUGCCAGAUAUAGCCCAGAUUUUGCUAUUAUAUGAACUGAGAGCAUAUUUUUAAGCAUGCACCGAGUAUUUAUCUUCUUGGCCUUGCGCCUCCUUUCCAAAAGCAGUUGAGAUAUUACAUUAUAAAUGCAUGGUGAUUGCCAAACAACCAAAUUUUGAUCACACAACAAUGGGCAUGCUGCAACAAUUGUAAUUUGUCGGUACCGCUGUAACUUUGAACAGUCGCUAAACGAAAUGAGGGCUACCUGUAGGUUUUAAAUAGUAGUUAAAUUUAGGAGGAUUUGAGGUGGGAUCAAGAAUAUUAGGCUUCCUGUAGCCUCCCACGUCCCUCUGACCUAAAAGCUUGGAAAAUAUGGAAAAUAAAUACCUCUUCGUCCUUCCAGGGAUGUUACCGGAGGGGGAAGCUGCCCCUUGGAAGAUCAGAAGGUCACCAAACAUUAUCCAUAAAUGGAUGCCAAAAAUUCUGAACAGUUCUCAAGGCCAUUCUCGUCUGGCAUUAAGGCCUGUAUAGUAGUUUGCAAGAACCACACACAGUGUUUAUUUCAGAUUUAUUUUAUCUGGAUGGAAAAGGAUGCACAGCGAUACAGGCUGGCCAACCAGUCUGGCACCAUCACUCUCAAAUGCAAAGACCUGAAAAUUCUGCAGUUGGAAAUCCCUGGAAUGGAGGAGUGCCUGAACAUUGCCAACUCCAUCGAGGCCCUUUCUUCUCUGGAAUCGGUGAUGAUGACAUACCCCUUCUUCUACAGACCCCAAAACACAACACUGGGCACUGGAUGGCUGACGCACAUUACUGAACAGUAUUACAAGCAGAUCGCAACUGACACAGGGGCUUGGAGGCUGAGUUCUAUCAAUGCAGACUUUGGAGUCUGUCCCAGUUAUCCACCACUUGUGAUUGUACCAGCAAGACUGGAUGAUGGGACCCUUCAGAAGAGCGCCCGAUUUCGCCAGGGGAGGCGAUUCCCAGUUCUCAGCUACUAUCACAAAAAAAAUGGCACGGCAAUGCUUCGCAGUAGCCAGCCCCUCGUGGGGCCCAACCGGAAACGCUGCCAUGAGGAUGAGCUGCUCUUGACCACCGUCCUGGAGGGUGGGGAACGUGGCUUCAUCCUGGACACCAGGUCACUGCAGGCUGCAAAGCAGGCCCGAGUGAUGGGGGGUGGCCUGGAGCACCGAAGCUGCUACCACGGCUGGAAGAGGCUGCACCGAGCUCUAGAGAGGGGUCGCUCUCUCCAGGAAAGCUUCAUCAAGCUAGUAGAAGCCUGCAAUGACCCUUCCGCCCACAUGGACCGUUGGCUGAGCAGGCUGGAAGCCUCCAAAUGGUUGUCCCAUGUCAAGGAAGCCUUGAAUGCAGCCUGCCUGGCAGCCCAGUGCCUGGAAAGAGAGGAGGCUUGCGUCCUGGUGCAUGGAGCUGAAGGGAAGGAUACCACCUUGUUAGUGACAGCUCUCGCCCAAGUUAUCCUGGAUCCAGCCUGCAGGACGUUGGCCGGCUUCCAGGGACUGCUGGAGCGGGAAUGGAUACAGGCCGGACACCCCUUCCAGCUCCGCUGCGCCCACUCUGCCUAUGCGCACGCCCGGCUCAAGCAGGAGGCACCCAUGUUUCUCCUUUUCCUUGACUGCAUCUGGCAACUGGGGCGCCAGUUCCCCUUCUCACUGGCAUUCAAUGAGCAUCUCCUGCUGGCACUCUUUGAGCAUUGCUACGCCUCACCCUGCGGCACGUUCUUGGGCAACAAUGAGAAAGAAAGGAGGUUGUGUGAAAUUAGGGAGAAGACCCACUGCCUCUGGCCCUGUAUAAACCAUGUGGAGAAAUACUUGAACCCCCUUUACGUGUACAACCCGCUGGUCAUCUGGCCCUCCGUGGAGCCACAGAGCUUGAUGCUCUGGCAAGGUUUAUUUCUCCGCUGGGUCCGUUCAUCCCAUCAUCUUGAUGAAGCAUGGGCAGAAAUUCAGCAAAUAGUAACGAACAGCCAAACCUGCUCACAGUAAUUGCACAGAGCAACAUGAAAGUACACUGCAUCACCCCCUUUUUAGAUUAAGUAAUCAAAGAAUUGGCUGGUCACCCCAAAAGAGGAGAGCUGAAAACAGAGGGAGAGUUGCUGACACAGAGCCACCAAGGAGAGAAAACAUUUUAUCUGUGGCAAUGAGAAGACUGUGAAUAUGUAGAUCUAUUUUCCAAGCCUAUUUUUUUAACUGUUACAAAUAAAAUACAGCUCUUUAAAAACAUAUUUUAGAUCAAGGAAGAUACUGUAUUUCCCCCCUCUAAAAGAGGGUGAAAAUUUGGGUGCAUCUUAUACUCUGAAUGUAGCCCCGCCCACCCACAGGCCCCCACCCUUUGGGAUCUGCCUCCCAGCAGUUUACCUCCUUGCAGCAAGCAACAAACAGCAAAAUAGCCCAUUUCAGCUUCAGCACAGCCUGAUUAGCACAAGCAGUUGAUUGUCGGUUGGAUCAGCCUCCAGACCCUCAGCUGUUUCAGGCUGCAGGGAUUGCCAUGGCCUAUUGCCACGUGGGCCUCCACUGCUUGCUGCAAGCAGGCAAAUUGCUAGGAGGUAGAUUUUUUUUUUCUUGUGAUGAAAAUGAAACUAAAGCAGGCUGUUUGCAGCAGUGAGGCAAACUGGGAGGCAGAGGCAAGAGUUAUUGUGUUUUAUGAGUCUUAUUUUCUUCUUUGUGUCCUUUUGUUGUAAAAUUUCUGUCUAGAAUCAACAAUUAGCUGGAAUUUAAAAAGCAUUUCACUAACUUAAUUAAA